AUGGUAAACUUUUACAGAAUAGCUUUGCCUCAUGUCGCCGAAAUCCAGGCUCCUCUUAACAAGUAUCUACGCGAUAGUAAGAAAAAUGACAAAAGGGAAAUUCCGUGGAAUCCGGAAACGGAGGAUGCGUUCGAACAGGUUAAAAACAGCAUAGCUAAUGAUACACUCCUAUCACAUCCCGCUCAUGAAUCCAGUGGGGUACUGAUCACACCUCAGUCGCAAUUCGCUGCACCGGAUGGUCGUUUUCGACAUGUGCACAUCGACAUAAUCGGGCCGCUUCCGGAGAGCAAUGGUCAUAAGUAUUGUCUCACAAUAAUACACAGAUUCUCUCACUGGCCAGAGGCAGUUCCUCUCCUCAAUAACGAGGCAGUAUCUGUCUGCAGAGCCUUUGUAGAUCAAUGGGUUUCCAGGACAACUGCCUAUCGUCCCGCAUCCAACGGCAUGAUAGAAAGUUGGCAUAGGACCCUGAAAGCAGCCAUAAUGCGCCACGCGGAUAAUGAAUGGUCCAGGUCACUAUCUACCGUAAUGCUCGGUUUGAGGUCCAACGUUUUGGACGACGAUGCAUUUCCAGCAGAGUUCACGUUUGUGACAAUUCUCCGCAUCCCGGAAGAAUUCGUCUUAUUCGACGAUUUCACGUUGGAUCCGCAUAUCUUCCUGGAAGAAUUCCGCGAACAUAUACGCAAGCUUAAACCAAUUCCCGUGGCUCAGCAAUAUAAAAUAAAACCUUUUCUUUAUAAGGAACUCAAAUCUUGUCCUCGUGUCUUCCUACGCCUCGGCGCUAGGAAAUCUCUCGAACGGUCAUAUAGGGGCCCACACAAAAUCAUUAAUAGAACUUCGGAUAGGGUUUAUGAAAUAGAUGUAGAAGGCACACCUCGCCAAGUCUCGGUUGAUAAUAUUAGGUCUGCGUAUUUCACGCGCGACAUCGACCCGACCACUCUGUUAACCAACAACGCAAGUAACACUAGUAACGUAGUUCCACCACUUCGAACACACGCUCGUAAAAAUGUAACUUUCAAUAUACCCGAUUGA